ACUUAAGGAUUCAGAAAGUUUCGAAUUUCUAAGUUUAGCAAUUUGGCAUUUGGGAAUUUAGAAAGUGCGAAAUUUGAAUGUUCACUAACACAAGACUUAGAGAUUCAGACUAAUUCAUAGCUUUGGUACUUAGAAAAUAUAGUACUCCACUCGGGUUUCAAAAUUCUAUGCAAUUCUAUACAAAAUUCUAUAACAACUCCAAAGUUUGAUAAUACAGUAAUUUGAAGAAGUCUGAGGACCCAAUAAUUUGGGGAUAGGGUAGCAAUGUAAUAACCUAGACGUGGUAAUUUAGGAAUUUAGCAAUGAAUUUGGUAAUUUGGGUAUUCGGUAAUAGUGGAAUUUAGUAUCGGAAAUGUUCCGAUUAAUCGACGAGGAUGCCGAACGUCGCGGCGCGACGGAAGAAGGCGAAGGCGAGCACGGGAAGUAGGUCGUAGAGAAAGAAGUGUCGGUCCUUCGUCGGAGACACGAGGAGCCGCUGACUGAGCGCCUUCGUCAGUCUCGCCAAGAUAUUCCGGGAGUCAACAGGUGCGUAACAGUGGGUCUCUGCACGCCGAAAUCUCUUUCCUUUUUUCUUCCCUUAAUUCUUCCAAUCGAUUGCUUCGUAUCAUGCGGAUUUGAGACAAGAAACCACGCGAUUCUUUUCCCUUUGGACAACUGCCUAAUCGGAAAAAUGGACAAGAUGCAGGUAAUAUUUUCCCUGGCACUGCUAGUGGUCCUCUGCAGCAUCAGCAGCGCAGACCUCCCCAAGCCUAGUUACACCAGAACGAUGCUAAAAGUCUCCAGAAGUCUUCCAGGAGAGACGGAAGAGCUAAAAGUCAAAACGAGCGAAGGAAACAUAGCGACGCUCAUCGUCAAAAGACGAGACAGGGCCAACUCCGAAGAGUCCCAGAAGCACGUCGAAAAAACGAAGAACAUCUCAGACUCGAACGCAACCAGAAACGAGUCAAAGACAAAAGAAGAGAUCCGAAAACUCGAAGAAGCUCACGUAGAGCAACUCCGAGCCAAGUUAUCCGAGUCCGACACCCAAAGAGACUUCACGAAAAUUGCAAAUGUGUCUACGAACGAGAAGGUUGACGCGAAUGAUCGAUCUACCAGCGACAAGAACAUCGAUUACGGGAACUGGACGCCUCUCGGCAUCGAUGGAAGAGCUGUCCAGUUGCAGGAAUCGACUACCGAAGAGUACCAAAGCUGGAAACCUCUUCCUAGCAACCCGGAAACCAUGGAACGACCGAAUUACUCCAGGUUCGACUCCUUACCAGCCGGUACUCUUCUGCUGCCACGACAUUUCCAAGACAGGUCGCAGAGAAAACUGAGCGACGAAAGCGACGAGAAGCUCUUCGCGUUCUUGCCUCAUCAGUCUACGAGGACGAAUAUCGGCGCGAAUCUGUCGAAGAACAGAAACGCGAAGAACGUGCCGCCAGAAGUGAUUGUCAGGUCGGAGAUCAAUGUUAAAUCGAGUCAGAAGAGGUCACCGAUGACGAUGGACAGGGAUGGGACACCUGUGAUCCAUGGACAGAGGGUGCCUGAUGAACCUAUUGAUCAAAUUCAGACUUGGAGAAACGCUAGGGUGAUCAAUAAUAAGUUGGUAGCAGAUAGGGGGUCUGGAAGUGAUGUGGAUGUGUCAUCUAAUUUCUUUCCUAGCGAGAACGCGGAUAGGCAGAGGUUCGAGAGGUUCUUCAAGAACGUUAAUCGAAGGUAUGGCAAGGACAGCGAGGAGGAGGGCAAGAACGUGUUCUUCGAGUGGGACCCCAAGAACUACAAGAACGAGGCCCUGAAGGCGGAAGUGUACGAAUCCAGGAGCGACAACUUCCGAGCCAGCACUCACAAGAGGAUGCUGCACCCAGACGGAGUGACCGUGUACCCAGUGUCCCAGCUCUACACUCCAGAAAGUCAAAAAAUCGCACCGGUAGCGCUGAAACCAGGUGCCCGAGCACCCGUCCUGCAAUACGCCCACCCAGAACUGGGUGUCCAACCCGCGAAAAUCGUGAAGAACGAGAAGAGACGACCGGACAACUUCCCGGAGAAUCAGUACUCCUUCACGGAACAGAGGCAGAAGAAGAAGUACGUCCUCAACGACAAGAAUAUUGUAGAUACUUACACUACAAAGAACUACUACCCGAAUCAGCAUUUUUAUGGUCUGAAGAGACCGAACGACGCGCCGUUUUGGGUGAAAAUCUCUGAAAACCUGAAGAGUCAGUUCUCUAACGGUGUGGAGAAGGUGUCUCAGUUUACUAGGCCCGUUAUUGACCCUCUGGUGGAAGCUACGCACAAGAUCUCGCAAAAUCUGGGCCUGUCCAAGGGCAAGGAGGCUCAGGACAAGUUCGACACCGUCGCUUCAGGAAGCAGUAUUCUCAUUCCGGCGUUGGGACUCGUAGCUUCCGGUGCGGCUCUCGGAAUAGGAGCCGUGGCGGUCGGAAGGUACCUGGAUGUGGACGUUCUCAAGCGAUCUGGCGAAGGUCUGUCAACGGAAGUGGAGUACCAAAGGUCUCUAGACGCUGCACCACUUGUGAAGGCACUGAACGAGCAGGGAGACGGGACAGUGUACUUUCUGGAGAAGAUGGAGCCACAGGAGCAGAGAGAUAAAUCGAACGGUGUUGUGAUGAUCGUCCAAGACCAGAAGCACGAGGAUAAAACGGGUCAAAUAGCGAAUAACAGAAGAAAACGAAGCGUGGACUACCUGGACAUCUUCCAGGCGGAGAGUAACCUGAAAAACUUGGUGAGGAACAAGCGUCUACAGCGAAAAGGGGCGGAUUCGAUCAGUGAGAUCGUGGAGAUCGACCUUCCAGCUCGGCCAGAGGGCCACAUCGACAUCACAGAGUUCCUGAUCCCUAGAAAAAACCAAGGACACAAGAAUGGAGAUAUUCUGAUCGUGGAGGAUGGAUCGAAACCCUUUGAACUGUUAGAGAAGAAGCUAGCCCCUGACGUGGUUGACAAGAACAAACUUGAAGAUGCGUCCACAUCAACAAAAGAUUCGAUAGUGGACGGAACGAAGAACUCCGUAGAUGGAAGGGACGAGAGACGAAAAAGGAGCAUCGAGAUCGACCAAGAACUCGAAGACGCUCUUCAGAACUUGGAGAACUCGGAGGUGGCCGAAGUGGCCCACACCGAUGGCGACUGGACGAACACACCGUGUGCUAAAAGGCUAUUCUGCGACGCUAUGAUCGAAAGGGGACCAGACGCGGUUACGUUUAUGGAGAAGAAAAUGGCCGCUCUUCUGGGUCUGAUUCAACCCGGAGCAGCCGUCCAAGUGUCCAGUCAUUUCCAACAGGUGAUGGACGCCGUAAGAAGACACGACUGUUCAAACUUUUUGUGUCCCCAGGCCAGGCCAGGCAACGUCUUCUUCUGAGUUGAAAGGAUUCAUCCUAACUUUCCUGUGCUUCGAGGAAAGCGGAACUGAUAAAUCAGCGUUGAUUUCACAAGCGGUGAAAGCGUUCGCAGCUCGAGCUGCUCGGUGCUUUCGUUUCGAUUCGCCUAAUGUUGUGAUUAAUAUUGCUAAUACUGCGAUUAAUAUCGCAGCUGGUUAUCGAUAUUCUGUCGAUCAUGACCCCAGGAAAUAUUACCGUAGUUAUUAAAUUUCCUGACAUUGAGUUAUACUUCAAAUAUUUGGAAAUUAAUUAAAAAUUAAUCUUACUUGUAAUUUUUUCAACACGAUAAUUAGUAUAGUAAAGCAGCGAAUCAAACGAAAUCCGAUUUCCCGCCAAAACUUUGUACAUAUCAACCUAUUUAACGCGCAAGAAAUCUGUACUUUAAGAAACUAGGUUUAGGCGUAGUUUUAAGUGAUUAGUAUAAACGAAUUUGCACUAAUUUCCAGUUUUCUUCUCGAAUAUUUUUUCAUUCCUUUUUAUUCAACCACCGAAUUGAAAGAACGAGUCUAUUUAAUCGGUUCGCAUCAAAUAUUCGAUUUAUCAACGCGUGCUAUUUAAGGAUAUUUAUUUAGUUCUUUAGUUGUUAAUUGCGAGGACAUGAGGUAUACGAUAUCAAUGUAUAAUCGUACGUGUACAUUGCUAAUAAAUGUUGUGUUUGUUUUCACAGUAUUUCACGGGACCACUUAAUCCUAUCAUUGUAAAUAAAUUAUACAACAGUUACAUGAUGUAUGCGAGAGAAGAAUUUUGUCAUGUUUUGUACACAAUUUAAUGUUAAUGAACUAAUUUAUCCAAUCAAAAAUGUA